AUGAUCGUAUUCUCCGAGCGGCGCCGCCUUACGGUCGCAGUGUUUGCCUUUGCCGCAACCACGCUCCUCUUCCUCGCACUCCACCAGACCCACGCUACCGAGGCGAUCCGCGUGCGUAUCGGUAUCGGCCAGAACCGCUUUGGAGGCACAAGCCAUAACAGGCCAACUAACGACAUCUACCGUACCGGCUCUGGCUUCUCAAAUGGAUCUGCCCCCGUCCUCGCAACCGGCAAGGAGAGAUUCGCAUACGUGACAUUCCUCUCCGGCACAGUGGAUGCCUCCGAUGAUUUGGACGAAGAUUACUACUUCGUCGCCACGCGAAUUCUCUUGUGGCAGCUCCUGCACAACCCCCAGACGCGGACCAGUGGCAUCGAUGUCGUAACGGCGCCGUCAUCCACCCCCGUCGACUUCCUGCACGUCGAGAACGACGAGUGGAUCCACGCGGCCCAGCACCGAUGGGACGACGUCAUGACCAAGCUGCGCGCCUGGGAAAUGACACAGUACAGCCGCAUCCUCAUGCUAGAUGGAGACACUAUGCUCCGGCUCCCCCUUGACGGUGUCUUCGACGACAAAGGUGCCAAACCCCUUGCAACGAAGAAGCUCUCCAACCUCGUAACCCUGCCCGGCGAAGCGCCCCUUCCGCAAACUUACCUUCUGGCCUCCCUCUCCGAAGUCCGGGACUCCACCCACGACUUUGCAAAGGGUCUGGUCAGCAUACAUGGGAAGUGGUGGACGCAGCCGUAUCUGUAUGAGAAUGAAGAAGUGAAGAGGUGGCUGAGGCGCCAGAGGUGGGAGAUGAAGGGGUGGUAUGAUACGUGGGAUUUGAGACAUGCCUGA